AAGCUUGAAAGCAUUUAUUUCUCGCGCGUCGCUCACUCCGUCCGUACGUAUCACCGCUUGCUGUGUGGGUCGCUGAGCUCUGUAGAGUAGCAUCAACUUCAGCAGAGUUGGUCUGUCCGUUCGCCGCAUAAGCCUAGCCCGUGGAGCGGAGCUGAUUUUAGUUCAAGUUUGAAAGUUGGAGCGUUUAGUACCGCUACCGGUGUGUGUCCCUCUCGUUACCAAGUCCCGUCGGAGAAAGCGUGAGAGUCGUUACAUUAGAAUAUACCACGCUGCAAACGGUUGUAGAAUAUCCGUUUCGGUAUCCUUGUUACUGUCGUGAUUUGAAAGUUCUUGUAGAGAAAGUGUGAGUUUUCUACGUUCAGUGAUUCUGACAAUGCUCGUAGAAGUGUUUUGUAGUUGGCAAAAAUACAUCAUCUUCCAGCGUGAAUAAAGUGAUGCGGGAUUUGCCUCAAGAAGUCCAACUACGGGGGAAGAACUCCAGCGAAGAAGAGAGUGCGGAGUGUGUAAUUAAUUUCCUUCCCUGCUGGUAGUUCAUUAAACUUUUAUUCAGUUUCCCUCGUGCAUCUUUUCUAUUGUUUCUGGCUGACUUCGUGAGACUGAGAGUGAGAACAGAAACCGGAGAAAAAAAAAUACACCGAAUUAAAGCGGCUGGAAAACCGACCGGCGAUAGCCGAAUUGAGAAGAAAACUAGAAAAAAAAAGCACUAUUAGAUUGGAGAGAACCGGUCGAAAACCACUUGUUAGCUCCUUCUGCCUUUGAUAACCAAUCAAACCGAGAGUGCGAACGAGCGAUUGGUGGAGCUUUACGGCAAGCGGAACGGAGCGGAGUAGCGUAAAUCUGGAACACGGCAACAGAUUGUGGAUGUCUGGAAGCAGCAAGCGUUUCGUGCGUGCGUGAUUAUUCUCUCCAAAGUUCAUCACAGACGGCGGCGCGACAAGAAGGAAACGUGUGCUCUCGCUUGCCUCGAUACGUUCAACAAGUGGUUGCCUGAGGAAUGACAUGCUUUGAUUGGGAAUUUUGAAACUCUUUGACGCAAGACAACAGGUUGCUGUGUUUGGGUGGAUUCAGGUGUUCAUGAAGAUCCAUCGAAAGUAGUUGUUGCAGUAAACUAGUUUAUAGGGGGCCCUAUUUGGCGGUAGACAAGUAUUGAAGCUUCUUGUUUCGAUAACUCGGUAACGACUGAUGCCUUACGAAUGUGCACUAUACGCUUGAGAAAGCAGACCGUAUACAACCAACGAAGAGGUGUUUUAAUAUAAAAAGCAUAGUAAAAAUAAAACGGAAAGAAAAUAAUUAGAGCUAAUUGGUAGUGGUUUAGUUUCAUUUUCCACACUGCAGUUUGAAAGUAAAUUUUCGGUUCGUCUACCUGAAACAACACAAGUCCGACCAAAGCUGUGACUCAGGAAGCUAAACUAGAGCAAAGUGUGCUGCUAGUUGGCGAAAGAGUGCCCCAAGUUAGUAGAGUUAAAGAGUGCCUAAAACGAGAAAAAUUGCCCAAUUGCGGGCUAUUCGAGAGAGAGGGAAGAAGCAAAAGAAGAAACAUUGCAACGUGCAGUGAUUGGAAGGCACAUAGAUUGUGGCCAACUGGUGCAACAGUAAGUGAGUGAGUAAGUGAGAGCGUGCGGGCGGAUUUUGAUUGUCCCUUGCAGUGAAAAGGGGUUAAUUCUUUGCACAAGUGCACUAGAAAAGCGUGACGACCUGUUCGGGGCCGACCGCUUCACCAAAGCCUACAAGCUGGAUUACUUAAACAUGGAUUUCGACGACGGGGACCUGAAGGAGCUAUGGGAAACAGAUCUCGAUGCGACCAUGCAAGACACACUCAAAAUGUCCAGCUACGCAGAUAUGCCGGACUGGAUGGAUCGGGACCCGAAGCUGCCGCCAGUGAUUCUCAACGACAAACUGAUGACGGACGCGAUCAUCGGAACCGGCGGCCUUCCCAUCAAGACAGAGCACUCCUACAGUCUGAACUCCGAUGGCGAUUCGAUAUCGGACACCCUGCCCGAAUCGCCACACAGUUUGCAGAACAAAAUGGACGACAUGGAUGAGGAAUGCUACCCAGCCAUCAGUAUGAGCACAGCACAGAACAAACAACACAUCAUUCACAGGAAUCAGACGAAUCCCGCGCUGAUUUCGACAGCAGGAAACACCGUCCUCUCAGCUUUCAGCGGUCAGAACAUUCCUGCCUUCAAAAGUAUCUCCAGCGGAAGCUUAAGUCUGCUCAGUGCACUGCACCAACAGCAACAACAGCAGCAGCAUCAGUCGAACAGCAGCCAAACUUCUCACCCGCAGCUAGUGCUAGGUCAUCCGAUCAGCUUAAACAACAACCACCUCACCCUCAACAACAACCUCACCAAGGAUAGUCUCCUUCUGAGUGCAGGGAUCAGCAGCAAACGAAGCUGUUCGAAUGACUCAUCCUCCUCAAGCUCCGGCAGCGUAGCAUCCGAUAUCGAAAUCGAUGAGCUCACCGUCAAAGAAGAACCCAUGUCCCCAAGCUCGAGUUGUCCUCCCUCACCAGCCGGACCUGGAGCGGGCGGAACAGCGUUAGUCAACGGUUACACCAUAUCAACGGUGAACCUCGCCAACAUGGCUGCUUACACACAGUCCGACUUGGUGUUGGAACACAAGAAUGGAACCCUCCAGCUCACACCCGCCUCGCAAAGUCUUCUGAAGAGUCAGCAGAUCGUCAUCAAUGGCAAUGCCAUCUGUACGACAGCCAGCACUCCGUCCACACCCGCCGCGACUUCCAAGAUUGUGAUGUCCAAGUUGAACAUCAAAAUGGAACCGCAGUCGUCCGCUUCGUUCGGUCUACCUCCCACGCCUCCCUCGUCGCUACCGAGUGACGAAUCCGAGGGCAACCAAAGUCCGGAGCAUCACACGUCGCCCAUGUCCCCGCCCACAGUGAUCUCACCGAGCAUGAGCAGCAGCAGCAGCAGUAGCAGUAGCAGUAGCAGCAGCGGAAGUACUCCCAGCAGUCGAAGGACUUCGGUGCACAACAGUAGCGCGGCUUCGGGAAUUGUCUCUCCGGAUGGAUCCUCGAUAUUGAUUGCGUCGCCCACGAUUCAGCAGCAGCAGCAUCAGGCUAGCUUAGCUCGGGCGGCCGCAGCGAACCAGAAUGCUACCACCAGGCAGCCGAUUCACACGCCGCUGAUCAGCAGUCAACCGAAAGGAUCCACGGGCACGCUAAUCCUGACGGAGGAAGAAAAAAGAACUCUCGUUGCCGAAGGCUACCCCAUCCCAACCCGGCUGCCGCUCACCAAAGCCGAGGAAAAAUCCCUCAAGAAAAUCCGACGGAAGAUCAAGAACAAGAUCUCCGCCCAGGAAAGCCGAAGGAAAAAGAAAGAAUACAUGGACCAGCUCGAGCGCCGCGUCGAAAUUCUGGUGUCGGAAAAUCUCGACUACCGGAAGCGGGUGGAGUCGCUGGAGGACUCCAAUCAGAAUCUUAUGACCGAGCUGGCCAAACUGCGCGCCCUCGUCAGUCGACAGCAAAACGUCCGGAAGAUGUAAAUGCAGCGCACCGCGCGAUAUGGACAGAUUAGUUCUCGCUCGUUGUUAAUUUGUGUGCAUCUUUGGAAUGCAACAUUCGUGGAUUUCCUAAAAGUGUAACAACAUGUACAAAGUAGUUAAUUAUUUUUUUUAUUGCUAGGACAAAGGGACGCAAUUGCAAGACAAGCAGGAUGUGAGCGUUGUUGAGUUUUGUUAGGAACAUUUUAGGAACUUGUUGAGUUUGUUUUAGAUGAAGCAAAAAGUCGAUAAAAAUUCCGUGCAAUAUAUAUUUGAUGGUGUUUCGAAGCCGUUCCGGACAUCGAUAUUUAUUCGGGUUUGUGAUCAACCAAGCUUUGGUUCAAAUUGCCAACAAGACAACGGAUAUUACGCCGGAGAGAUAAACACUCAAUCGGGUGAAACAUAGUGCAUUCCAUUAGGAUAUAGGUUUAGCGAAUACUUGUUGCAAAACUGCUAUGGAGAUAAUUUAUGAUUUUUUAUGUUUAAGGAAAACAGAAAUGCAAAAAUAAGUGCUGUACAUAGGAAGAUAUGCUGAACCGCUGACAAACAGAAACGAUAAAUCAAAGCGUGUGCCUUGAACGACAUUCCCCCUUAUCUGUGGUAGUUCCAAAACUGACCGAAAGAGUGAGUGACGUUCGCAAGUUGCGCGCCAAAGCUCUCACCGCACAAUGCAUUCACAUGUGAGUUCGCCUACUUUGCUCCCUUUUGAGAACGGACGAUCGCGUGUGAACGAAAAGCGUCCAUAAAGCUACUAUUGCACAUACACUGGGAGAAAUCCGUUUGCUAAUUUCAUCGCUAGUUCGUAAGAUUGUUUUUUGUUUCAGGACAAAUUUAAGUGGUUUCCUCUGAGUAAUUUGAAGUUCUACCCUUCGCAACGGUUGAUUUGAGUAACAUUUUUCGUUACGCAUUUUUGUGCAGGUUUAAUAUUAGAAUCAGUUGUAUAGAUUACGUUUCUGAGUGAUUGUGUGCUUGUACAUAUACUGACACAGAACCUUUAAAACAGGAAGAUAAAGUGGACUAUCCGGGUAACAGCCAACCAAUUGACCAACUGACAGACAUAAAUCGUGAGUCCGAUUGGCAGUGGCGCAUCAGUUGUAAAUACCGCUGUAUCUUUACAAAACACAUCUACACGCACACGUGUGUAUUCCUUGAUGCGUGCGUGCGUAUUAAAAAGUAUUCAAAAUUUCCAUUUCCAUUGCGCUUCGGUUCUCCAUCGCGAGAACGGAGUUACGAUAUAAAUAUUUUUCAUGUUGAAAUUCAUUGGCAGUCGCAUUUAAGGGAAAUUAUUUUUUUGUUUUUCAAAAAUCACGUUUCGGCUCAUUUCAAGUGUCGCCCUCAUAGACAAUUCACACAAAAUUUUGGAUUGCAUGUUUCAUAAUCGAGAGCAAAAUUUAGGAAAGUGCGAGUACUUACGAUUGAAUCACGUUUGAAUUUAUUGUUAACUUAUUGCUUAAGGAUUUACAGAUUUGAUAGGAAAAGAAUAGUUUUUCAGCUAGAAAAUGAUAAGGACAAUGUUUUUUUAGGUUAGGUUAUUGAAUCACAAAUGUCACUUAGGUGAUAAUUCAGCAAAAAAGAGAAUAUAUUUUAUAUAAAAGUGUACAUUGUACUUGCUACAAACAACGUAGAUUAACCAAACAUUAGGAAGCUUAGUGAAAAGUGAAAAUAGGAAACGAAGCCGAGAACUUUGCUAGAUUUACAAAGAUCUUUAUUGAGAUAAUUACGUAUCGAGGAAUUAUUUUACCGAGGAAACGAAUAGAUCUAACCGUCUGAUAAGAAGCAUGAACGAACGUCUUGCGAGACCUUUUCUACACUAUUUAAACCACAUAAGCGAAGGCCUCCCUAAAGAGAGAAACUUAACCGGUGGAAGCAUUAUGCGUGAUUUAAAAAAUCACCUCCGCCGUCUACUAUUACUAUUACUGCUAUCGUGAUGGAUUGCGAUAGAACAGAUACAUAAGUGAAAAUUGAAAACUUUUUCUGCCAUUUUAAUUAUUAGGAUUAGAGUUUGAGUUUAGAAACGACGAAAGGAGACUAUUAGUUCGAAGCAGUACUUUUAGCGUUUAAGUUCACAAGAAGAAACAGAUAACAUUCUAGUUGAUAGGAACCUAGCGGAUAAGUUUUUGAGCGUUGUUCUAAUGACUGAUAUAAGCCUACAUUUAAAGAUA